AUGUCGUACGAAUAUUUCAAAGGCUUCCUCACCAGCAGAACGGCGGAGCUCAGAGACGGUGACCUGAAGACGGACGAGAAGAGAUUAGGGAGCCAGGGCACUCCCCAAGGCUCCGUCAUCUCACCCAUGCUCUUUAACCUUGUUAUGAUUCAAGUUGCCAAAAGACUAUGCCAGCUUGAAGGACUGAAGCACACGAUAUACGCGAACGACAUUACGCUGUGGGUGGACGGGGGCAGUGAUGCCUGCAUAGAAUUCACACUGCAGACGGCCGUCGACACGAUCGAAGAAAGCCUGGAAGGUACGGAACUGCGUUGCUCCCCAAGUAAGUCGGAGCUCCUGCUUUACCAACCGAUCAAAACGCACAGAAUCAAGAAGCGACGGGAACAAGAAAAGAUCAAGAUCCGCACCAGGGAUGGUAGCACAAUACUGACGGUCAGCAAGAUCCGAGUCCUGGGCAUGACGAUCGAAUCACUGGGCACGAACGGAGACAUCGUCACCCGCAUCAUGGGUAAGGCGGCCAACGCCACCAGACUGCUCAAGCACGUUACCACCAAGAAGGGAGUCACGAAGGAGGAAAACUUCAUCAGGCUUAUACACUCCUUCGUACUCUGCCAAUGUACGUGGCAGCCUUCCACAAGUGGGUGA